UUUUUACUUUACAGAAGCUGGGAGGGGACUAAUCAGAACAAACGAGUCUAACUAGAACCUUUUCUCAUAAACUGCUUCAAACACUACUGUCAUAAAGACGUGGAAGUUUUUGGCUUGCGUAACACAAUAGAUCUGUGUUUGCCAUGAACUCUGGAAGCAUGACCGAUGCAGAGCAAGAGGAGGAUCCAAAACAAGAGCCUUUGAGGAUCAUGCUUUUUGGGAAAGGCGGGGUUGGCAAGAGCUGCAGUGGGAACACCAUCCUCGGGAGACAUGAGUUCAAAUCAGACAUGAGGGUGGUGAGAGUCACUCCACACUGUGAGAAGGGGGAAGGGAUUGUCAAGGACGUGCUUGUGGAUGAGGCUGGGACAGUUAAGGAUGUUCCUGUCGCGAUCAUUGACACCCCUGGCCUGUUUGAAAAAGACAGCAAGAGGGAAGAAAUUGUGCGAAAGAUUCUGAAGUGUGUCAAACUCCAGGAGCCAGGACCUCACGCCUUCGUGCUUGUUGUCCCUGUAGGACGGAUGACCCAGGAGGAUCAAAACACCCAGGCUAUGAUCGAAGCAAUGUUUGGCCCUAGAGUUUGGGACUACACCAUCGUGCUGUUCACCCAUGGAGAUCGCUUGGAGGGGAAAACAAUAAAAGACGUUGUUGCAGAGAGCGACCAAAACCUCCGAAACUUCAUACGCAAGUGCAGCGGCGGCUUCCACGUCUUCAACAACAAGAAACCCGAGGAGCAGACCCAGGUGACAAGACUCAUAGAAAAGAUCCAGACCAUGGUAGCCCUGAAUGGAGGGGGGCAUUACCACAACGACCUUUAUCCUGAAGAAGAGAGGAAGAUCAGGAAGAGACAGGAGGCCAUCCUGGCGGAGAGAGAUGAUGAGAUCAGGAUCAAGGAGAGAGAGCUGGAGGAGGAUCACAAGGACAAAGAGCUGGAGAUGAAGAAGAGGGAGCUGUGGAGGAAAGAAGAGGACAAUUCAAGGCUGGCUGCAGAGAAGGAGACCAUGAUGAAGUCAAACAUAAGGAUCAUUUUGAGCUCCAUCAUCCUGGUGUUACUUCUGAGUGGUUUGGCUUUCAAGCACCAAAAAUGUGGCCAUUAGUUUGGCUUUCCAAGAAAAAAUUAUAGUUGAGAUAUCAACGCACCGUUAGUAAUCAGUCAUGCCAUGUAUUACUGAAGUCUAGAACAGAUCUUCAACAACAUUAAUGCAAGAAAUGCACCAGCCUGAAAAAUGUUUUUUGUCAUCAUGAACUCAAUACAAAUAAUCGUGAUUAAAAUCAUAUGAACUGUUCACUUCUGUAAACCUCAAUGACUGGGCUGUUUUUAUGACAAGCUUUACAAUUGAGUGCAUUACUUUGUAAGACUAAUGAAAUCAAUAAAAACAUUCUUCUUCAACCUUCAAUUUCUCAGGUUUUGGCUGACUGGUUUAGAAAGCAAUGAGGGCUGAGUUACAUGACAUCACCAUCCUCAUUCACGCACGGCCUGCUCCGGCCCCUCCUCAGUGGACCAAACAUUUGGAUGAUGACCACUUGAUUUGUGUGAGAAAGACUACUGUAAACUUGUAUAACAUUCAGCUGAACUCGAUUAUUUUCACAGACCAAUGACUGCAGAUUAAAGCCAACAUUUAAUGAAGGUGAGGGGGCGGCAAUAGCUCGGUGUGUUGGAACCUCAGAUCAGAACCGGAGGGUCACCAGAUCAAGUCCUGGUACGGACCAAAAUAUGUAAGUUGGUCUGGUAGCUGGAGGUGCCAAGGCACUUCCCGAGUACUGCCACUAGAUGGAGCUUUUAAACAGCUGAAGUUUUUAUACCCCUGGACUGGUACAAGGAAAUGCAAACACAUUAAUAAAUAGUUUCUAUUGACUUUUAUAGUUCACCAACGUAUCAGAGGUUGACCAAAUGUCAGAUUUCUAAAUGUGGUUUAACUUCAGUACAGGAGGUCGACCACCAAGUUAGAAAUCUUUUGACACAGUAAGAUACAGUAUUUCUUUAUUCAUACUUUAAAUUACAUUAUUUGGAAUCGUAGGCCAAUUUUUAAAGAACAUUAUUCAAGCCCUUCAAACUUGUGAAAUCUUAAACUGUAGAGCAAUGAGUCAUCUAUUUGUUCCAAAUCCAGCAAAAAAGGACACCAGGGAGGGGACUGAUCAGCAGACAGAAACGUCUGUCAAACUCGGUCGCGAACUGUUUCAACCCCGACGUUGCACUGUGUAUUUAGUAGACUGCUUGGUGACACAACAGCUCGAUCUAUGUCUGCCAUGGACGCCGAAACCCUACCUGUUGCAGGCCAAGAAGAUCAGAAGAAAGAGCCUCUAAGGAUCGUGCUUCUUGGGAAGAGUGGAGCCGGCAAGAGCUCAAGUGGGAACACCAUCCUCGGGAGACAUGAGUUUA